UAUUUAUGUCUGAGCCGUUCAAUGUGUAACUACUAAAAGAAAUUCGUUCGACCGCUUAAAAACGCAAGACGUGCGGAACAAAAAUUCAUUCACUGUGAUUCACUGGAUUUUGUAACAAUUCCAUGGAAUUUUUUUCGUCGUGUGACAUUGUUUUAUCGAAUUUGUAUAUACAAAAACCGAGUUUUUUUUUCUUCUUUAAAAUUCAAACAAAAAAGUGAUGCAAUAAAAGUGAAGUUUUUGAAUUGAAUAAAACAGAAAAAUAUAUCAGUGAUAAAAUGUGACAAUUUUGCACACCAGUUGCGAGGCAGAAAAAAAAAGAGUUUCACUACAAAAUAUAAAGAGACAUAAUAAAAAAAAUUCCAAGUGUUACUGGACAAUACACAAAGACAAGAGAAUACAAAGACAUUUAUUGAAUUGAAGUGUUUACGCAGAGAAAAAAGAAAGAAAACGUUUUUAAAAAAAAAUGAAGGAUAUAGCGAGUAUUGAAUAUGUGGCGGGUGACAUAGAAAUUUUUGAGGACGAUGGACUUUGCAAAUCGACAAAUAGCUUGAAAAUCGCUGUGGAUAUCAACGAAGAUGAAUCAAAUAAUAAUUUUGUCGCGCAACGUGCGUCAUCCAAUUCAAAUUUGCAAGAAAUCACAGACAAUGACUCAACGACGAUCAGUCAUGCGCGCAGCGAAAACAUGAUACCAUUGUUGAUGAAAAAGAAAAAUCGCCUGAUAUCAACGGAUAGCGGUUUCGGUAGCUAUGGACCCGAUCUGUAUAACAGUGGUUCGGUUGACAGUAUGGCACACAUUUCGAGCGGACCAAAAUAUACGUCAAUUCACACACGGCCCAUAGUGAAUACGAUAACUUAUCAAGAAACCGACAAUCCAGCAAACGAACCAAAUACAGAUAAUAAUAACGAAAAAGAAGACAAAGUAUCACCGCUGAUAUCAGAAACGGUUGUGACGGAAUCAACGCCCAAAGCAAAAAAGUUUCUCUCCAAAAAUCACCGAAACACAACCCUCAACAGUAUUGAUGACAAUUUUGAAUUGGAUCCAAAGCUUAUAAACCGUGAUGAUGGCUUCCAUGAGGUGCAGUGCUACAUCAAUGAACAUGGCAGUCCGAUGGUACGCGAAAAACGGCGACGAUCCAAUGGAAAAAAGUCCACGCUCAAAGAAGAGCUGAAAGCACGCAGUUUGGGUGCAUCGUUCGACGAUAAUCUGCUGAUACGAAAAGAUACAAAUAAAACGCCAAGUUGCGUCAGUUUUAGUCGGCUGUUUAAAAAAUUGCGCGAAACAUUUUGCAAAGAUGGUGCAAAGGUGACAACAGUCGUAGCUACUCCCGGCCAAGGAUCAGAUCGCGUUCAAGAAGUCUCAUACACAGACACUCGAGUUAUCGGAAAUGGAAGCUUCGGUGUUGUCUUCCAGGCGAAGCUAAUCGAAACUAACGAAUUGGUGGCCAUCAAAAAAGUUUUACAGGAUAGACGAUUUAAAAAUCGGGAAUUACAAAUAAUGAGACGAUUGGAACACUGUAACAUUGUUAAGCUAAAAUAUUUUUUUUAUUCAAGUGGAGAUAAGAAAGACGAAGUUUAUUUGAAUUUAGUGCUCGAAUAUAUACCAGAAACAGUUUACAAAGUGGCACGCCAAUUUGCUAAAAGUAAACAAACAAUUCCGAUCAACUAUAUCAGGCUUUACAUGUACCAACUGUUCAGAAGUUUAGCCUAUAUUCAUUCGUUGGGUGUGUGUCAUCGUGAUAUUAAGCCACAAAAUCUGCUCUUGGAUCCAGAAACGGCCGUACUAAAGCUAUGUGAUUUUGGCAGUGCCAAACAACUGUUUCCAGGCGAACCAAAUGUCUCGUACAUUUGUUCUAGGUAUUAUCGUGCGCCCGAAUUAAUAUUCGGUGCCAUAAACUAUACCACAAAAAUCGAUGUUUGGAGCGCUGGUUGUGUUCUAGCUGAAUUAUUGCUUGGACAGCCGAUUUUCCCUGGUGACUCUGGUGUCGAUCAACUUGUUGAAAUUAUCAAAGUGUUGGGCACACCAACCCGUGAACAAAUUCGUGAGAUGAAUCCUAACUAUACCGAAUUUAAGUUUCCACAAAUCAAAAGCCAUCCGUGGCAAAAGGUAUUCCGUGCUCGUACGCCUCCAGAUGCAAUUCAGCUGGUAUCACGGCUACUAGAAUAUACACCAAGCGCGCGAAUCACUCCAUUGCAGGCUUGUGCCCAUCCAUUCUUCAACGAGUUACGAGAAUCCAAUCAACAACUUCCAAACGGAAAAGAAUUACCACCACUAUUUAACUUCACAGAAGCAGAAUUAGCUAUCCAACCUAGUUUAAAUGCAAGUCUGAUGCCACGAUAUUCGACACAAAACGACGCUUCAAGUGCGUCCGAUAAAGCAGCAGCAGCUGGUUCGAGUUCAACUGCACCGCCUCAAAGUCCAAGUGGAUCGGCAACCACAGCUGGCGCAACGACAUCCACAUCCGGACAGAAUGCAUCGGGUGGCAAUGGUGAGGCGGCAAGUGGAUCAACAUCAACGACGACUGCAGCCGCCGAUUCAACGGCAAAUGCUGCAUCAAACAGCACUAGUCAAACAACAGCUUCGUUAGGUUAGCCAAACUCAAGCGAAGAACAUAAAAAUCAUAAACAGUAAAUAGUAGUGAAUGAAAAAAAAAACAAUAAAAUUUCAAAAACAGCCAAUGCAUUGAAAACCCAAUUAUUUAACACAUUGAUGAUAAUGAAAAAGAAACACAGAAUCAUGAGCCAUGAACGAAACAACAACAACAACAACAACAACAACAACAACAACAAAUUCAACAAAAACUACUGCAACAACAACAAAGUAACAACCAACUAAACAAAAACCAAGAUUGAAAAAUAAGAAUAAAUGUGCAAAAGUUCGUAUCGAUGAUUUUUCUUCAUUACUUUUUAUUUUCUAGUAGUAUCGAAUAAUUUCUUCGUCGGUCGAUCAUACGUGAGUGCAUGUGCAAGCGCGCGCGUGUGUGCAUGCGUUCAUUCACACACUCUCACCUACACACAGAGCGAGUGUUUUACGGAUGCGAUGGGUGCACGCGCGCAUUUGCCGCCAAAAUCCACUUGAUUUAAUUAUGAUUAUUAUAGUAAAAGUCAUCACUGUUGUCAAAUGUUACAAAACUCAGAGAGCUAACGUCUAAUUUAGGUUGAAGUUACACAUUCUGCUGAAGGAAAGACCGUUUCAGACCGUUUUAAAAACCAACGAAAGUGUUUUUUUUCGUGCGCGUUCGAAUCGAAUUUUUCGCGGAAUUAUUAUUUGUUCUGAACUUCUCUUGUACAGUAAAAUAAAAGAAAA